UGCGCCCCGGCACGGCCCCCAGGAUGAAGAACCCAAUGCUGGAGGCGGUGUCGCUGCUGCUGGAGAAGCUGCUCUUCAUCUCUAACUUCAAGCUCUUCAGCUCCGGCGCCCCGGGCGAAGAAAAGGCGAGGAAGAGUUUGCACGAGAUCAACUCGUUCCUCCGCGGCGACGUGCUGGAGGUGCCCCGGACCCACCUGACCCAUUAUGGCAUCUACCUGGGCGACAACCGUGUCGCCCACCUGAUGCCCGACAUCCUGUUGGCCUUGACCGACGACAAGGAGCUCACGCAGAAGGUGGUCUCCAACAAACGGCUCAUCCUGGGCGUCAUCGGCAAGGUGGCCAGCAUCCGCGUGGACACAGUGGAGGACUUUGCUUACGGAGCCGACAUCCUGGUCAAUCACCUGGACAAGUCUCUCAAGAAAAAGGCUCUGCUCAACGAAGAGGUGGCGCGGCGGGCAGAGAAGCUGCUGGGCCUCUCUUCCUACAGCCUCCUGUGGAACAACUGCGAGCACUUCGUGACCUACUGCAGGUUUGGCGCCCCGAUCAGCCCCCAGGCCGAUAAGUUUUGUGAGAAUGUGAAGAUAAUUAUUCGUGAUCAGAGAAGUGUUCUUGCUUCCGCAGUCUUGGGAUUGGCGUCUAUAGUCUGUCUGGGCCUGGCAUCAUAUACUACACUUCCUGCGAUUUUUAUUCCAUUCUGCUUAUGGAUGGUUGGGUAACUUCAUAUCCCUGUGUCAGUGUGUGGAUUCUCUGUGUAUAUAUGUUUAUAUUUAUAGUGCACAAAUCAGUAUAAGCAUUGUUGAGAAAAAUAUGACCUGUUACACUGUGUUCUAGAUAAAAUGUGAUUAAGAAUCACGCAAAGUACUUAUGUAAGCCCAAGAGCAAGGCAUUCUGAAUCUUCUCAGGCAGUUCUAUUUGAAAGCAGUGUGAAAAUCUUGGGAACAGGAUAACUUGUAAUGCCUCAUCAUUACACAAAACCAGUCCCUAGGAAGAUGCCCAUGGAAGGGUGUGUGUGUUAUUCUUUCUCCUGUAAUUGCUUCUUUUCUUUGGGCCUGAAUUUGAAUUUUGGACACUUAGCAAAUGAGAUCACAAAUUUUAUUGUCAAUGUAUCCUGUUCCAUUGAAAAACUUAUACUGAAAGAAUUUCCCUCUUUCAGACAAAAACAUGUUUCGUGAUUGGCCCCCAAAAAUCCACAAACUGUUUUUUUUUAAUGAUUUAUACAUAAUUCUUGAUAACAGAAUUAUUUUCAUUAUUUGAAACCAUACUGACAAAGAUUAAGGUUUGAUACCUGACCAGAACAAUAGAAAUCUGUGUCUUCCUAUAGAAAUAGCUAUUUUAGUAUCAGUUGAACAAUUUGUUUGGGUUUUACUUAUUAGGAAGCCUGGCAAUCAUUUUUUUCUCCCUUUUAUGUGGUUACUUUAAACGAUUCUGGGAGGCAAGUGAAUACAGGGUUAAAGUAAGUGAGGGAACCUGGAGUGUGUAUGUGCAGUUAAAUUUAUGUAUAUCCAUAUACACAUUGACUGAUUUGUUCCUGAUUGGAUUAUUAUUUACCAUGCCAGUGUGUUUUAAUAGAGCAUUUGUAGAGGUGAAUGUAAUAGCAGGUUCAAUCCACUUUCUUUACACCCUUGCACCUGUGGAGUAACCUGCAUAUAGUCACUGGAUGGUUUUUCUUUAAAGCACUUACUAAUGUAUACUUUUUGAAAGUUCUCAGAUUUAUUUCCUCCAUUUCAUUGCUCAGUAAAUAUAAUCUUCAUCCUUAAAGGGGGCCAUCACCACCGUAUAUAACCCCAAACAAACCCCAAAGAUAAUUGUUAGAAAUCAUUUGUAAGUGUCUUAGUACUGACAGGUAGAUGCAGUCCCCAGGCUGUUACAAUUCCAGAAUUGACAUGGAAUGGUGUGAAGCAAGCAUUUUGGUACUUUUGCAAAAUGACCAAAUUCUGAAAAUCAAACCACAAGCUAGACUUGAAUUUCAGGUAUUAAAAUUACUUUUUAAGCUUAUCAAGAACCACAAAAUAAUAUAUCACAUGAGUGGUAUGAGGAGGGGUGGGGUUAGGCACUCAGAUCCAAUUAGAAAAAUGUUAGGAGCAGAUUUUAGUGUAACCAAUGUUUUAUCACCUCUAAUUUACCUAUAAGUUCUGUUGGAAUUUAGUAAUUUAAGCUUUGUAUUUACUCAAAUGUUUUAAAUAAUUACAACCUGAAGUGGUAACCCCAUAAAAUAUAGGUGUUCUAUGGGCCUAUUCAACCACUACACAUUACUCUAAGUCUGUAUACAUAAGAGCACCCAAGAGAACCCCAUUGUAUUAGUGGUUUUUCCCCUUACUGUGUAUUACCCUUGUAGCAAUUGUUUAAAUAAAUUCAUUUUUUAAAUUAUGGUGUCCUCAUAAAUAAUUAACAUCUUUUUUGCAGGCUUUAGUAUUGCAGGGAGCAAAAACCACUGUCUGAUGUUAAAUCUGUGUUCAAAGAUAAUGAUCCCCCAUUAAAUGCCAAGGAAGUACUUAGGUUGGAAUUCACAUAAUUAGUCUUGACUCACCUCCUAUCAUUAAAACAAGAUUCAAUUCACCAUUUGAGUGCUUAUUAUAUGCCAGGCACUGACCUGUUAUAAUUUCAUGUUCUCGAAUUAAUAUAAUCUCUUAAGUAUUGAUAUUGGAGUAUAUACAGUGCCAUGGGAUCACAAGGGAAGAAGAAAUUAAAUCUUGCUAAAAGGCCAGAGAAAUCGAUCUCAAGGACACAAUGCUAGCAUUAACUGAGAAGUAGCAGGAAGUGAUCUUAUCACACUGAUGAGUUCCACUAGGAGGAAGAGGGAAUCAGAAGAAGGAUUUAUUAAAUGUUCCACAUUAGAAUUUGUCAAACUUCUUAGAAGAGGAGGAGAGUUUUUGUUUUGUUGUGCUCAGGUAGAGCACCUUAACUAGGUAGAAAAGGGCCCUUAUAUUCCUAACGGUGGUUAUGGAAAAACCCUGCACCAUUAAUGUGGCACUAAUGCAUUAGUUGAGAUUCAUGCUUAUGAUUCUGCAAGUCCUUUACAUUCUGAAUUUUGACUUUAACUUGUAAACUGACAAUCAAGUAGUGUCUGAGGCAGCAUUUUGCUGCUUAUCUUGUUCUUAAAAAUGACCUAAAUGAGAACAAAUGGGAUUGACUGUUGGAAAUAACAUGAAAUAAUGCAAGUGUCAGGUUCUACACAGAUGUUACGGAUGAUUGAAGGCACAGAAAAAGAAGUGGUUGGUUUUAACUGAUAGGGCCAACAUUAGGGGGGUCAUGUAAUGAGACUUAGAAAUACGGGGUGUUAUCAGGGAGCUAGAUUUUGGAUAGGACAUUCUAUACAUUGGGAACAGUGUGAGCAGAUGUAUGAAAACUACCCCAACAUAACCGGCAUUUGGAUGAGGCACUGCACUACUUGUGGACUGACUUAAGCAACUGUAAGUGGUUGAGAGGUUAGAGGAGAGCAGAGCAAGGAUGAGAGGGACAGAUGCUGGAAGAGCAAGCAACAAUCAGGUGGUGCAAGUCUUAUUUAGACAAAGAAGUUCAGACUUAUGAAUAGGCAGUGGAGAUUUGGGGUUCAGAGAGGUAACUUCAAAAGCAUGGAAGAAGGAUGGUGGUUAAAAUAGGACAAAAUAAGACAAAGGGUUGUAUAAGGAAACUGGUCGUUGACUUCAAUCCUUUAAAUAGGGGCCUGUUAUUGUGAGUGACAUGAAUAACAUGUCAAGGACGUAUCAACAGACUUUAGCCAGAUCCUUAUAUGUGACUCAAGAGUCACUUCUGGUGGGGUAUAACCAGGAGUAUCACUUCCUUUCCUAACAGAAAGUGGGUUCCUAAAAAAUAAACCCCUCAACAUCUGAUGCCAUUUCUAAUGUGGCACAGAAGCUGAGAUACUUUGUGAUUCCACCAAUAAUCAGAACGAGACCGAGAAUUUAACUUCAACUUUCCACUAUAUCAAGAAAAUAAGUAUGAAUUUGUUACUUGGAAAUGAUUUUCUUUCAUAAUAUAGAUGUAUUAUUCUUCUAUUUUCUCUUUCACUAUUACUGCCAAAUAUCAAAAAUGCUUUACAGGAAUAGCAAACUUAUGUCAAUGGCAAAAGUGAGGUGCAUAGACAAAAUGAUGGUUGUGAGUCUUCUGUUUUAUAUAAUCUAUUUAGAGUUUUACCAACCUAGAUCU